AUGGUUGUUCAAGAUAAACUGCUUUCUACACCUACUAAACCCCGACUACCAGGUGAGGUUACUUCUACUACCCCUUCUGGUUCUAAUACAAGUAAUUCCGCAUCAGCAAAUGCUGCUACAUAUACAACUACAAAUACAGCUGGAACAGCAGCAUCAGCAGGUGGUUCAUCUUCAAGCAGUUCAGCUACAUCUGGCACUUCUACAUCCACUUCUGCUCUAACCAACACUAAUAACAAUCCCAGUCUUCUGUUGCCACCACCAUUCUCGUCUGUUACAAAAACUCCUAGAAUAAGUCCACCCAAAACACCACCUCCUAAACAUCGCAACCCACAGUCUCUCAAUAGCGAUCGAGACGGGGCCGAUUUAUUAAUGUAUCUCGCAACCUCGCCGUCUCCAGCGCAACGCAAUAAUUCAAAUAGAUUCCUGGGCCAGUAUCCGUCAUCGUCUCCAUUCAACUACUCACAAAACAACCAUCCACACACGCCACAACAAGGAUUCGAGCUCAAGGACUGGCUCAAUAUCGCAAGCCCGUCACCAGCCCAAGCUCAGCGAACCCCGGACCGGCCGCUCCUGCGUUCUGCCCGACAGCCUCUAAACUUCGACCACCUGCCCGACGCACCCUCGACUGCUGCCUCGGCCGCCUCGAGAUUCUCGUCGCACCUGUCCUCCAGUGACGACGCCUCGAGAAUGGUGGCCUGA